UAGGUCAGUAAAAUACUCAAGGUAUUGAUUUCGCUUUGUAUAGCACAAUUUUCAGUUCUUAUGAAGAAAGGUGUCGCUUUGUUUGAAGGGUUAUUGAUUAUUAUUUACAUUUGAAUAGAGAUAUAAAGCAUAUUGUGCAUUGAGGUGUUGCAGACAAACAGCAAGGUUUAUCUUCGACUAUUUCUGACAAUGGAGGACGCUGAAGAAAUGGCAAAAUCACGACCCAAAUCCAAUGAUUUUAAGUCAUCCAUUAGAAGCGUGGACUCCACUAUCGGGGCCAUAGCUGCAUCUUCUGAAUGCGAUGCAGAUGUGAUGUCCUCACUAACAGGAUGUGCUAAGGUGGAAUUUAUCAUGGUGCCUCCUGAAGAAAAGCUCAUAUAUUUUGAAAAACGAGCUGAAACCCUCGCUGGAAAACAAGAAUUUGAUGCUUGCAUCCAGGACCUGGUGCGAUGUGUAGCUCUGACUAAAGUGUUUUAUGGAGAGGGGUGUCUGAAAGUAGCCCAGGCUUAUGCCACACUGGCGAAAGCAUAUUUCAAGUACAAAGGUUGGGGGCUGCAGGCCUGGGAGCACUCAUCCCAGGCCAGAGACCUGCUGCCCUUAUGCUCCUCCAUCUCCUGCAGACGUGAAAAGCUGGAGGUCCUCAUGUGUCUCCUCAGCACACACCUCACACAGGGAGGUGCUGCACUACUAUCACACACUCUAGAGGAAGCAGAAUCCUCAUAUUUGGAGGCGUCGCAAAUUCUUAAGGAGCUUCAUCGUCAAGAUGGUGUCAACCCAGAUGAGAAGAUAGAAACACAACUGGAAAUAUCUACAGGUUUAACCAGAGUCUAUAGGAGACAGAACAGGCUGGAGGAGGCUUUACACCAGUGUGAAAAGUCUUUGAAUCUUCUGAGGGAUAGUGGUAAAUCAGAGAAGAUGUACUCUGUCUAUAGGGAUAUGGCUGCUAUUGAACAGAACAAAGGUCAACUGGAAAGAUCAAUUGAGAAUCUCUCUAAGGCUCAUGCUAUUGCUCUGAGUCACAGCCUAGGAGACCUGGAGGUGGCUGAAAUCUCCCACAACCUGGCCCUUGUACUUUCUGCUGCGCCAGAGCCCCACCACAAUGAAUCUGCAGGUCAGUACUUUGAGCAAAGUCUAAGUGGGUACAAGAACUGUGUAGGGCCACACAAUGCAACCUUUCUUGCCACUCAGGAUGAUUUCUGUCGCUUCCUCCUCACCAACGGGCAAAAAGAGAGAUGCGCAGAGAUCCAGAGAGCUUCUCUCACUUUCAAGAGAUCUACAUUUGGUGAUUUCAGUGCUGAGGUCGCAGACACCCUGCAGUUAAUAGGAAGUGUGGAGAUGACCCAGGGUCAGAUGAAGCAGGCCUAUAGGAACAUGACAAAGUGUCUGGAGAUUCAGAGAUUGAUGGACGGUCACCACCACAAGAGGACAAAAGCUACGCAGAAAGCGGUGGACGUGCUGGCCAGGACACCGGAGGUGUCUGAGAGGCGGCGGAGACAAAAUAAAGGGAAAACAAAGCCUCAUGUAUUUUCAGAUGUGCCUUCCAGUGGCAUAGAGAGAAACUCCAACUCUGAACCUUGAAAUUGUUUUUACUGUAUUCUUUGUUGCAACAUAACACCUCAGGGGGGUUUCCACCUUCACUGUGUUUAAUACGACGUGUAAUGAACAGUAAGAUGGUCUGAAAGUUGAUGAUUCCUCAUCACUACAUCGUAGCAUGUCAUGAUGUUCCAUGAAUUGCUCAAAAUAUUGCACUGCCUUGGUGCAUCAUGCCAAGUUGUGGUUACGUACUGGUGCAUCUGGAUGAUGUCUUGACAGUUUCAUGGUAGAAUCUUGCUGAGUUACAACUGCUCUUGCUCAUACAAGAGGGGGAAAAGGAUUACCAUGAACCAUCGCCAUGCGCCACAAGUCAGAGGUGGGAGUAAGUCACUGUAAAGUCAUCAAUCUGCCAGCUGUCAAACACUUGGUGGUCAUUAUGGCUUGUAGACUUGACUUGGGACUUGCAGAUUCAUGACUUGAGAGUGACUUGAUGGUGACUUACUCCCACUUCUGCCACAAGUGCAACACAAUGUCCAUAGACACUGCUCAAAAAUGGCCGAGACUGUAAUUCUUAAUGAUGAAAAUACAUAACGCCCUAUAUUUAGGAUCUCAGCGGGAUAAGGAGUUGGACUACCAAUUGAUAGACCUGGGUUUGAUUCCCGGUCAUGUUACCUGUGUCCUUAGACAAGACACUUCAUCUGCAUUGCUCCAGUCCACCCAGCUGUAAAUGGGUACUAGGCCAUAAAUUUUGGUGCACUUCUGCCACAACAUGCAACCGGUGGCUGCAGAGUGGUUUAGAGUUGUUGAUGUCUUUGCACAUCGUGGUGUGUCAUUCUGUUAUUGUGUGUAUAAUACAACCCCUGGCAAAAAUUAUGGAAUCACCGGCCUUGGAGGAUGUUCAUUCUG